AUGUCUUUCCCCACAAGUUCAGACGACUUGCUCAAACAACUCGCAGAUCGAGCCGAUCUACAACAUACCCCAGCUGAGGGUUUCAACAACAAAGGCACCGCCUCGUCUAUCGACGCUCAUGCUUCUCUUCCAGUGGCCUCGUCAUCGUCAAAUGCGGGGGGAAAUCUCACUCCUCGUGGAAUAAACAAUCCGUAA